UCUUUCCAUUCUUUCUAUUUCCUUUUCUUUUUCUUUUCACAUCAUAAUUAUAACUUAAUUACUUUCCUCUACGAUUGGAAGAAGCAAGUAUUCAAGCUUUUGUCAACAAAUCUCAACCAAACCACUUUCCAAACACAUAUCAACUCAAUCCAGCUUUAUGCUCGCAAUUCAACAGUUGGUGCUUUCGAUACCUUCCGCAAAUCACUCUCCAAGGGAACUGCUUUUCAUCACCUUGCAUGUGCUUACUCAGAUCCUAACGGUCAUCCCCAACAUUUUUUAUUUUUAUCUUCCUUUUUAGAAACCCCCCAAGACUUUCUAUAUAUAUACACCUUCACUAAAUCAUCUUAUCAGCUAACAUUUCCCCUUCAUAAAAAAAAAAGAUGUUUUCUUCAAAUGGGAAGAUGCUUAAACUUGUUAUGGUGGUUGCUCUUGUGGUGGGUGUUCCCACUGCCUACGGAGCAGGCGAUUUCCACAGCGAAUUUGAACAAACGUUUGGUGAUCAUAGACUCCAGAUUUCCGGCCCUGGAAAUAAGGACUUAUCACUCACAUUAGACCAGUAUUCAGGUGCUGGAUUCCGGUCUAAGAACGAGUACUUGUAUGGAAGGAUUGAUAUGCAGAUCAAACUUAUUCCUGGUGACUCUGCUGGCACUGUCACUACCUUUUAUUUGACAUCAGAUCAAAGUACAGGGAAACACGACGAGAUUGAUUUUGAGUUUCUAGGAAAUGCAAGUGGACAACCUUACACUGUCCACACUAAUGUGUUUAGCCAAGGUCAAGGUAGUAGAGAACAACAAUUUCACCUUUGGUUCGAUCCGUCUAAGAACUACCAUACCUAUUCUAUUGUUUGGAACCCGAAACUCAUCAUGUUUUUGGUUGACAACACACCACUAAGAGUAUUCAGAAACUACGAAAACCAUGGCAUUAUGUUCUUCCCUAAGAACCAAAGGCAAAGAAUCUAUGCUAGUCUAUGGGAAGCUGAUGAUUGGGCGACACAAGGUGGUCGAAUUAAGACAGAUUGGUCAAAGGCUCCGUUUAAGGCUUACUAUCGUAACUUCAACAUCGAUACCUCUCCAAACGGUGCAUGGAUGAACCAUGAUCUUGAUGCGAAUAGCAGGAAGAGAUUGAAAUGGGUGCAGAAAAACUAUAUGAUUUACAAUUAUUGCACAGAUUGGAAACGGUAUUCUCAAAAUCUUCCACCAGAGUGCAAACAUGCCAAGCAUAAUUAGAGGGCUACCUUAUUUUCCCCUCAAUCGAAACUGAAUUGAUCGAUAUUAUUUUUUCAUAUGAUUUUAGUUAUGUAAUUUGUAUUCUCGAUUCUUUAUCACAAUAAUAUUUUUUAUUUAAGGAAACAAAAGCGAUUCAGAUUUCAGCAUGAAGCAAACACACACAGGCACCCUCUACUUUCUAUCAAAAUCUAUAUCCAUAGAGCACAUUUUAGAGCAGAUCAAGGAUCAAACACCAGUCUUAGUCCUUACAGCCCGUUUGAUUAGUAGUACUAAAUGAUGGUAAUGGGAAUGAUUUAUAGUGUAAAAUUUCAACAAAAGUUCUAUGUCAUUCCCAUGUUAAUGAAAUUGUAAUCACAAAAAAGUUACACUAGUUUUCAUUCUCAUUACCAUCGUUUAAUAACACUUACCAAACGCGCUGUUAGUGAAUGAAAAAAAGAAAACGUGAAAAACUAGAAGUAAUGCGAAGUCCUCUUCUGUAUGACUGGUCUUUUCUAUGUCCUAAAAUUAUUGUGAGGAAAGACUAAGUUGGGACUUAGGAUCAUUCUGAUUACUCUAAUACUAUUACAACAAUAAUUCAUUGUACCAAUGCCAUUAAGUGGCUUCCACCUAGGGGGUUUCGAGGGGUCGGUUGUACGCAAUCUUACCUAGUUACCGUUAUACACUUGUCAGUAAUAACAAAGGUUGUUUUCGAUUGACCCUUGGUGACAAACAUCAUCUGUGACUUCAUAUAAAUAAGAAGUGCAUAACAACAUAUUUGGUGACCUUCAUGAGCAAGCUAGUAGAUACUUAAAGAAAAGCGUGAUCACAUUACAACUAUUUUUGUUCUAUCAAGUAUAAAUGAAUAGUCAAACUAAUCAUACUAGCAAUAGAAGAAGGUUGCUCAAUUGUGCAGGACAUGUCAACCAAUCAUCAUUAUCAUCAUCGUACUCGGUGUAUCCCGCCCAUAGAAUACUAUGAUCAGGGUCUCCAGAGGGAAGGAAGACGGCAACCCAUAUCAUAAACAACGAUUGUCCAACAACAAAUCAAACAUCCAUCAAUAAGCUUCAUGGACAAUACACACUCACCUGCAAAGUGUUUUAUCCUGUGAUGCCUCCGGAAUCAGUUUGAAAGAAACUUA